CUUCCCCUCUUCCUUUUAAACAGCCAUGACUUUAGCCCACGAAACAAACGUGAACGUCGUUUUGCGCAAGCAAGGUGAAAUUGUCCUCGAAGAGCGACCAGUACCCACUAUUCGACCAGAUGAGGUCUUGCUGAACAUCAAAGUCACUGGUAUCUGUGGUUCAGAUGUCCACUACUGGCUUCACGGUGGAAUUGGUGAUUUCAAGCUUAAGGCUCCUAUGGUUCUUGGUCACGAGUCUGCUGGUAUCGUCGUUGCCGUUGGUGACAACGUUAAGCACCUCCAGGUCGGUGACCGUGUUGCCGUUGAACCUGGCGUGUCUUGCCGCCUCUGCGAGGAAUGUAAGACCGGCCACUACAAUUUGUGCAAGGACAUGAAGUUCGCAGCAACUCCCCCCAUCGACGGUACCUUGUGCAACUACUACGCUCAUGCCGCGGAUUUUUGUUACAAAAUACCCGAUAACUUGUCUUUGGAAGAAGCCGCUUGCAUCGAGCCCCUCUCUGUUGCCAUCCAUACCGCUAACCGAAGCAAUAUUCGAUCAGGAGACAGAGUUAUGGUCUUCGGGGCUGGUCCCGUUGGUCUUCUGUGCUGUGCUAUGGCUAAGGCUGCUGGCGCAGGACACGUUAGCAUCGCUGAUAUCUCACCAUCUCGAUUGGAGUUCGCCAAGUCAUACUAUACCGAUUCACAAAUUGUUCUUCAACGACCAGAGGUUGGCGAGCCAAACAUAGAAUACUCGCGAAGAACUGCAAAGGCUAUUUUGGAGACCGAAGAAAUGGCUGACGUUGUCAUCGAUGCCACUGGUGCUGAGACCUGCGUUCAAAUGUCUCUCAUGUUGGCCAAGAAUGGAGGGUGCGUUGUUUUGGUUGGUAUGGGCUCUGCUGUUCAGAGCCUUCCUGUCCAAGAGCUUGGAGCUAGAGAGGUUGAUAUCAAGGGUAUCUUCCGUUACCGCAACACUUACCCACGAGCUGUUAAGAUGCUCAGCGCCGGCACUAUCGAUGUUAAGCCAUUAAUCACACACUCAUACCCAUUGAAAAACGCAGUGGAUGCAUUUGAGCAUGUCAAGAGCGGACGGGAUGGUGCUAUCAAGGUCCUCAUUCUUGGAUAAAAUCCCUUUUUCACUUUCUUUCUUUUUCUAAAUAGUAGUAUACAAUAUGUUUUUCUUUCAAUGUGCUAGAGGCAAAUACAUUAUAAUGGACCAUCAACGAUACCAAAGAUAAUUGACAUGCUACAGUGUUGUUUGAAGAACAUCAAACAAGCUAGCCAGCAAACGGACGUCAUGGCGGAUUGAAUACGUUCCCAUCAGAAGAGAAUGAUUGGUGCAAU